AUGCGAGUAGUGAUCUUAGGAGCGAUUUUUUCGAUAGUUUUUUGUAGUGAUGAUAUAGCAGUGCUAAUACUAGCUAGAGGUGGAUCUAAAGGCAUACCAUUAAAAAAUUUAAAAACAGUUGGUGGUUUGAGUUUACUUGCUAGGUCCAUUGUAACGGCAAAAAAGGCGGGAUUAAUAAAUGUUACUGUCUCUACUGAUCAUCCUUUAAUAGCAUUAGAAGCUGUAAAAUAUGGUGCUUCUGCAUUUCGACGUAGUUCUGUAACAGCUACCAAUUUUGCCCCAUCAAUCUGGGGUAUUGCGGAAUUUCUUGCUUCUAAGCCACACGCUAAAAUUUUAAUAUUGUUGCAAGCUACAUCUCCCUUUAUUCGAUACAAAGAUUUACAAGGCGCAUUAAGAAAAUUAAACUAUCCAAAACCAUACGAUUGUGUAUUUUCUGCUACAAGAAGUUAUAAAUUACGAUGGAAAAUUGUAAAUGGAAGUCUUAUUCCAAUAAAUUUUAAUUAUAAAAGAAGACCUCGAAGACAAGACUGGGAAGGGGACCUAAUAGAAACUGGAGCAUUCUACGUAUCCAGAGUCGAACUAAUAAAACAAGGACUUUUGCAAAACAGGAACUGUACUGUUUUGGAGUGUUCAAUGAAUAAACAUUUCUUUAAUUCACGCAUAUUUAUUAUACAUAUAAUUAAAAAUGAGAAAAUAUUAAAGAAUGAU